AUGAGUGUGUUUUGCUGGAAACUCAAGUAGUGUGCCGAGAAUUGCCUCUUCAUAUCCCCCCAAGGGGUGUGAUAGCAGAUAUGGCCUCAUCAGCUUCAACACCAAUCUCGUAUGAGUUUGGGCAAAGUGAAGGCAAUCACGUAUCCAACAACAAUACUCAAGCUCGCAUUCUGGAGGGAGCAUUGCCACCUCUACAGCAGCUUGACCCUCUCCACUACCACUACCUUGCUGCUCAGGAACCAAAGUUUAGCUGUACCAGGUGCUGCAGUGUGCGUGGAAGCUGGUGGGGAGAAGGAGAGACCGUAUGGGAGCAACAGUGGGCCUCCAAUUGUAUUUGCACUGGCCACUGGGCCCAUUGUCCAGUAGCACCUAGCAAGGCUGCAUAAGACUGCUGUAGCUUGAAAAGGAGCUGUCUUAUCUCCUUUGUAUAAGGGGUGUAAAUUGUUAUUCCAAAGAACUUUUUUUUUUCCUUUUCUGAUGAACAGUACAUAUUAGCAGUUCCCUAAUCAUUUGAUGUCUUAUGUACAGUAAAUAACAGUCACUGAUGAUUCAGAUAUACAUACUUGAUAUUCCAGACUAAAAAAAGUGAAACAGGAUUCAAAUAUAUAAGAUUAUUUUCUUCCAUCUUAAUUUCUACUAGGCAGAAUGGAUGACAUCAAACUUACCUAAUUUUCUAUAAGGAAUCAAUCACCAUUUCAUGGAAACCAUAGUACGUGGCGAAUUUUAAACUGUGCGUCAAUCUAGUUGCAUGUGAUCCUUCAGAAGAAUGUCUGGUAGUAAGUGUUGGAAAAGUCAGCAAAGUACAAGCUAAGAUUAACAGUGGUUCGAGAUGGAUUUCAUUCAUGGCAUUGCUUAUUCUUCAUGUUGCUCUUUUGUAUUGCAGUUAUCUUUGCAAGGCAUGCUUGAAGUAUUUUGUUUUAGUUUAAUAUGAUUUAUGUAUUCAUUUUCCAAGUGUUCUUGAUUUGUAAAUAUUUUUCCCAAGUAGCAGAGGCAAUAGUACUUUUUCUUAUUUCCUUAUUUAUAGUGAAUAGUAGGAUAAUAUUCGGAAAUAUUAAAGAAGCCACACCA